UUGUUCCUGUGACAGUGGAGUACUCCGGAUUCAAUUCUGAGAAAAUAUCCAAAGAAAAUAUUCACCCGACGAUUCAGAGCGGAGAAUGCACUUCGUACGAGUGAAAAGUCACUUGAACUUUAGCGACUCGGUCGUCACGUUACUUUUCGAGCGAAACUGGAGAAAUUUCGAGAGUGAGGAAUACAUUUUAUCGUCGCACAGAAAAAAAGAAAAAGGUGUGCCCGACCGGGAUUUCAGAGAAACAUUAAAAAAUCGUUGCAAUUUUGCGGAGACUGUCGCGCGCGUUAAUUGAUGAUUAAAGUUAAUAGCAGAACAUAUACAUUAUAAAUUUAUUAUCACGAAUUCUCAGAUAGUGUCGCCUUGACCACAUCUUUCCGGUUCGCUUCAUCGCCGGCGUGUCGGUAUCGCCGGACUACCGGAGAGUAACGUGACGCAAACGCACCGAAACUAUCACCGUGCUCCACACCGGAGCCACAUAUUUACCGAACGGUACGGUUACGGGCCCGUCAGUCACCAUAAAAAGGCGGCAUGAAAGAGCUGUCCAUCUUAAUCGCGCGUUCGACCGUGGAUUCAUCCGUCGAACGAAUGUGAUCGCCAAAAGUGCACCGUAUCAGAGCCCGCUCUCUCGUCGCGCAGUGUUCUCAACGUCGACGCGCGGUAUUCGUCGAAAUUGUUCCGACGUGUUUUUCUUGAAACAAGAAAAAGUGACGUGCGACGGGAAGGAAACGCCGUAGUAAGUUGCUGAAAGCUCGAAUCCGCCGGAACAGUGCCGAGUAUGUCCUAGAAAGGAUUUUCGGCGAAGGAACGCGAGCGAGUGAGUGAACGAGCGAGCGAGUGAACCGCGGAGUCCUUCGGGAGACGAAGACGCGACGGAGAAAACCCACAGUUUUACCACGAAGCACUGCAAAAUGCGCGAGCAGCGCCGUCGUCAGUGAGAGCUCUCUCUGUGCAAGUAUAAACGCCGAAUAUGGGGGCAGGCCUACUCGUUGUAAUACUCACGGCAGCAUUGUCCGCGUCCGCGAAUAAUAUCAACGGACAAUGCCGAAUUCACAAUGGGACGAAGAUUACGUGCAGUUGCAUCGGAAACGAGGUACCGGCCACCUUUGCGCGCCGGCGAUCGCGAUAAACUCGUCGCGCUCACCGCGCUCCCGUUUCCGCGUGAACAAAAAUUUCCAUACGACGCGAUCCCGAGAUAGAACAGCCACUGUUCCCUCCGAUCGAUCCGGAUCGUCGGUCGAUCUCGAGGACGGGCGCCCAGCCGAGCGAAGCAAUCAGAGACUGCGCCUUCCGGUAUCGCGUAUACUUCCCACAUUUUCCUCUUUCUUUCAGGAACUUUUCCUGCCGGACGACUACAAUUACACGAACAUUGUCAGCGUAACCGUCGCAGGAUGCGACUCGGUGAACCUCCAUUAUUCCAGUCUGACGGAAGCGAGCGAUCUCGAAGAGAUGAUAGUCCAGAAUAUCAGCGGUCGUCUCGACUUCGAUGUCUACAUCACGUCGAGCCGGUUAAAGAUGCUGAGACUGUCGGACAUCGGCCGGAUACCGUCGAUCGUGGCUCACACAUUCGUCAGCCUGGCGAACAUCGACACGCUGAUGAUCGAGAACACGCGCAUCGACGAAUUCAAGGAGGACUUCAGUUACGUCAACGUGUCGAGCUUUUUCAUGAGAAACGUGACGGUCGAGCGGAUUGACCAGCUGAAUCUGUCGGAGAAUGGCAAGACGUUGUGCAUAAUGAACAGCGAGCUGCGGAAUAUCGCGACGUCUUUGACAUUCAACAUCCGCACGAUCGAGAUCAUCGGCUCCAAGUUCCGUCUGCAGAGGCCGGGUAUGGUGUCCGUUCUAGGCGACAUCGUCAUCAUCAAGGACAGCGUCUUCCUGAACGCGAGUAUGAGUCUGGACGCGGCCGCCGCCACAGUACACGGCAUCUGCGCGGACGGCAAGAGCGCUCUCAGGUUGUCGUCCAAGCACAUCGACAGCACCGACAACCGGCUGCCCAACGAGAUUGUCUAUCUCACGCGGAACAAUCAGACUGUUAAGUCGGACAUGUUCGUGAACAAGAAUAAUAUGGUUUGCAAAGCGGGUAACUGCAAGUGUCCGAAGAUCAGCGGACAGGCGCCGUGCUCUGCGGUCUACAUCUCGCUUGUUCUUGUUCUCGGGUGCUUCUUGAUGUCGCUGUCCCGAGGAUUCGGUCUCUUAUCAUUGUAACGUUACAUCUCGUCGCGAUGUUGCGGACUAUGAAGAAGGAAACGAUUCUCACGACCUAAUGAAUCUUGGUUGAACAAUACUGCUUUCGUAAGAACCGCGCGGCCGACUCGUUCAUCGAUCCGACUGAUCAUCACGGAUUGAUUGAUCACGGUAAAUAUUAUACAGUCAGGCUGUAUUCAUUGAGGCUACGCGAAAUAUCUGGACCGCUACAUAAGCGUGUAUCCUACACAGAUCUAGCUCUACCUCUUCUUUUUCGUGUUUCAAAUUGCGCGACGCGUUCUCUAAAUGAUCAUUAAGUCUGUUCUCUCUCGCUUGUGCGUCGUGCAACGCCUGUUCCUUCUUUUGCAAGUCUCCCUUCAGAUGCGUUAUUUCAGUCCGAGAGAGUAAGGUCGUCUACUAAUUGAUAGACUUUCAAUUGCUCUUGCAACUGUUGGUUAAUUUGGCAAAAUUCUCUUCGUUCACUGAUAGAAGAUAUAUAGUUGAAUUAACUAUAAUCUCACUAUAUUUUACAGUUAAUUUUGGCGUCAACCAUAUUUUUAUAGUUCGUGGAAAC